ACUAGCCUAGAGGAAAACGGCUGUCCUGAUGGACGCGGACGGUCUCUUGUUGUCGCUGGAGCUGGCGUCCGGCAGUGGGCAGGGACUCAGCCCGGACCGCCGGGCCUCGCUGCUCACGUCCCUUAUGCUGGUUAAGCGUGACUACCGCUUCGAUCGGGUCCUUUUCUGGGGCCGCAUCCUCGGCCUCGUCGCGGAUUACUACAUUGCACAGGGCCUGAGUGAUGACCAGCUCGCACCACGCAAGACGCUCUACAGCCUGAACUGCACAGAAUGGAGCCUCUUGCCCCCUGCCACGGAGGAGAUGGCCACCCAGACGGCUAUGGUGAGUGGCCGCUUCAUGGGUGAUCCGUCGCAUGAGUACGAACACACGGAGCUCCAGAAGGUGAACGAGGGCGAGAGGGUCUUUGAUGAAGAAGUGGUGGUCCAAAUCAAGGAAGAGACCCGCCUGGUGUCCAUUAUUGACCAGAUUGACAAGGCUGUGGCCAUCAUCCCCCGAGGUGCCCUCUUCAAGACUCCUUUUGGAGUCACCCACGUCAAUCGGACCUUUGAAGGCCUGUCCUUGUCUGAGAUCAGGAAGCUGAGUUCCUAUUUCCACUUCAGGGAGGCUGUUGAUAUGAAGAACAAGACCUUGCUUGAGAAGGCAGACUUGGAUCCAUCUCUGGAUUUUCUGGACUCUCUGGAGCAUGACAUCCCCAAAGGGUCUUGGAGCAUCCAGAUGGAAAGGGGCAACGCGCUGGUGGUGCUGCGCAGCCUGCUCUGGCCAGGCCUCACCUUCUACCACGCUCCCCGCACCAAGAACUAUGGCUACAUCUACGUAGGCACGGUCUAGUCACCUGGCUCUGAAUGGCCCACGAAGUUGGAAGGCAGAGACCUGGAAGAAGCUAACGAAGGAGACACUCAGUGUGGAUGGGUGGAAACUGGUGGGAAGGGAUGGUCAGGGGCCUGCUGAACUUCCUGGAUUCCACUGAAAGCUAAUAGUAACCAACAGUUAUUAGGCCCCUAACUGAUGCCUAUCAGCGGAGGACAGGGAUCUGUGCGGCACAUGGACCCAUUCAGUCACACUC